CACCGAACCAAUGUAAUAUACGUUUCAGUAACUCUGCUUUAAGUACGCUCAUAACUAACAUCAAGUAAAAUCAUAUAAAGUUAACCCUUUCACAUUCCUCAUAUUAGCUACCAUUUAAGUACUCUUAAAUCACCAGUAACCUUCAAGUCUAUCCAAACCACACUAUAAAAACACAACUCUCAUAACCCAAUCAUCACCACAAACACACAAAUCCCUAAAGACGAACGAUGGCUUAUAACACACGUUUUUUCCUCUUCGCCACCACGGCUCUCCUCCUGGCCCUCAACAUCUCCGGCAGGAUAAUCCCGGAGGCGACGGCUGAUCCCACAAACAUAGCGGCGAGGCUUAACGGAGGAGGACUAAUGGAGUGUUGGGAUGCCCUCUACGAGCUCAAAUCAUGUACCAACGAAAUCGUUCUCUUCUUCCUCAACGGGGAGACCAAACUGGGCACCGGUUGCUGUCACGCAGUGGACGUCAUCACCAGAGAUUGUUGGCCGUCGAUGUUAACAUCUCUUGGCUUUACGUCUGAGGAAACCAACGUCCUCCGUGGCUUCUGUGAGUCUCCAAAUCCCGGUGGUUCUUCCCCUGCUCCUUCCCCUUGAAAAAUUUGAUGUAUGCAUAAUAAUGGUUAUUUUUAG